AUGACCAUUUCCAUUGACAACACUCCAUCCAACGUUGAUACAACAGAGGCAACAAGCGUAUCCGAAGCCACCCUCUCCGUUGAAAAUGUUGGAAGAUUCAAAAAAGCUAACAAGAAAUUGAUCACAUGGACCUUUGUGGACACCAUGAGUAACGAAAACAAAGAACCGCACACUGUGACCUUGGAAUGGAACAAGCGCAGUGGCAAGAUGGUUAUCAACUUGGACGGUGCUCUAGUUUGCAGCUACAAACACAAAGGAAACGAUAUCAUUUCUCACAAGUGGCAAACUUCGGAUGGCAUGCAGUUGGUCAUUGUCGCUGCCCGAGUGACUCCAAAUGGAGUCGCUGACAACUUUCAAAAGUACGGUUUGAUUGUGAAUGGUAAAGAGGUUCCUUUGGUGCAGCCUUCCGAAGCUGGAUACGAGGGACAGGCAGUGGAAGCGUUUUCUUCUUCCAAAACAUCUUCCAUUCUACAAAUGCUCUACCCAAAUGGCUAUGAAAUUGAUUCCAAAACAGAAGAUCUCCUAUUUGGAGAGGCUUCCGCAUCGACCAUGGAGACGGAGAGGAUGCUGUUGGUGUAA